AGGAGGAGUGUUUGUCGGCAGACAGUCAGUCAGUCAGAAGGACCGGAGUCCCAGCGGCAGUUUCGGAGACUGUGUGGGGAAAACUGCGUCCAGUACGGGAGAACUCAGAAGGGGGAAUCCGACAUGAGUUGGGGAACGGAGCUCUGGGACCAGUUUGAGAAUCUGGACAAACACACUCAGUGGGGGAUCGAUUUUCUGGAGCGCUACGUGAAGUUUGUCAAGGAGAGACUGGACAUCGAGCAAAACUACGCCAAGCAGCUACGGAACCUGGUAAAGAAAUACUGUCCAAAACGCUCCAAGGAUGAGGAGCCGAGGUUCACAUCAUGUCUGUCGUUCUACUCCAUACUGAAUGAACUCAAUGACUAUGCUGGUCAGAGGGAGGUGGUGGCGGAGGACAUGGCUCACAAGGUGUAUGGAGAGCUGAUGAGGUACAGCCAAGACCUCAAAGCUGAGAGGAAGCAUCAUCUACAGGAGGGCAGGAAGGCCCAGCAGUAUUUGGAUCAUUGCUGGAAACAGAUGGACAAUAGUAAAAGGAAGUUUGAGAGAGAGUGUAAGGAAGCAGAGAAAUCCCAGGUGACCUACGACCGGUUAGAUAAUGACAUCAAUGCCACCAAAUCAGAAGUGGAGAAGGCCAAAGCCCAGUUCUACCUGCGGACUCACAUGGCUGAUGAGAGUAAGAACGAGUAUGCUGCUCAGCUCCAGAACUUCAACGCAGAGCAGUGGAAACAUUUCAACAACGCCAUACCACACAUCUUCAAGAAUCUGCAGGACAUGGACGAGCGUCGGACGGUGAAGCUCGGCGAGACGUACCGGAGCUUUGCUGAGGCGGAGCGCAGAGUCAUUCCCAUCAUCUCCAAAUGUCUAGAAGGAAUGGUUUCUGCCGCCAAAGCUGUCGACGAGCGAAGGGACUCAUCCAUUGUCGUGGAAUCAUUUAAGUCCGGCUUUGAUCCUCCGGGCGACUUCCCCUUCGAGGACUUCAGUCAGAACCUGAGCAGAACGGGCUCAGACGGGACCAUCAGCAACACACCCAAAGGAGACAGAGAUGGGGCCCCGGCACCACGGUCCGACCCAAAACACCCUAUGGGCAGAACCAAGAACAAGCUUUGGCUGUUUGGGAAGAAACCAAAGGCCCCAUCUUUGGAGGAUUUUAGUCACUUACCUCCUGAGCAGAGGAGGAAGCGGCUGCAGCAGAGGAUCGACGAACUCAGCAAAGAGCUCCAGAAAGAGAUGGAUCAGAGAGAUGCCCUGAACAAGAUGAAGGAUGUGUAUGAGAAAAAUCCACAGAUGGGAGACCCCAGCAGCCUGCAGCCUAAAAUAUCAGAGACCAUCUGUAACAUGGAGAAACUGCGCUCGGAAAUCCACAAAAAUGAGACUUGGUUGUCUGAGGUGGAGGGAAAGCAGAGCUCCAGAGGAGACAGAAGACACAGCGCUGACAACCACCAUCACACUCCUCAAGGCAGAGAAAGUCCUGAGGGAAGUUACACAGACGACACCAGUCAGGAGCAUCAAACGCCUCACCACCGCUCCAGUCCUCCGCAGCCCGGACACCCGAACCCCGACCCCCACGAGUUUGACGAUGAAUUUGAUGAUGACGACCCGCUGCCUGUCAUCGGACACUGCAAAGCGUUGUAUUCCUUUGACGGUCAGAACGAGGGGACACUGGUGAUGGCAGAAGAUGAGGUGUUGUACAUCAUCGAGCAGGAUAAAGGCGAUGGCUGGACGAGGGCGAGGAAGCAGAGCGGCGAGGAGGGCUACGUCCCCACCUCCUACGUAGAAAUCACCCUGGAGAAAAACAGCAAAGGUUCCUGAGGGCUGCAGGGUGGCCAGGCGAUUUGAUUGGCUGGUGGAGGGCUCACGCUGAUUGCUGAUUAUUGGUGGUGGGGGUGCCAGAGAAAGAGAGAGAGAGUGGGGGGAAAGGGAGAGGUAGAGAGGGAAACAGAGGUGAAGUGGGCUGGGAGGCAGGUUUGCAUGUCUGCAUGCUCACAUAUCCAUGAUCAGCAAAGCAUUUUGGGGAACUAGAGGAAGAAGGGAGUGUCAUACCAUAUGUAGAGGAGAUGAUCCCAAAACAUAAACAGGCAGUAAUAUAAUUAAUAUCUUAAAGUAGGAUCCUAACUGGUACCCACAGGAGAAAUCCCACUCCGAACUUUAGGUUUCUGUCUUAAAAGCAGCAGAACAUGAAACUGAGAACACCUUUCAGAGCGGGAAGUGACAACUGCAACAACUUCAGCUAAACAUACACUCAGUUGCCCUUUUAUUAGGUACACCUAAGUUAAACAAAUAAAAAAGUCAUGCAAUAAGGCGUACCUUCAUGACCGUUAGAAUCAAACAAAAACUUUUUGUGCAGAGAUGUUGACUCAACUUUUAGAUCAUUGCGAAGCUGCAGUUUGUUGUGCUGACAGGUGUUUCUAAUAUUUUGUCCACCCCAUUUAUAUCAAUGAGGGUAGGCUAAAUAACAGAAACACCGACAAAGGUAGAAAAACGGGAAGGACAGGAUGUCAUUCCCUCAUUUGAUGUCUUGCGCUUAUCAAGUACAAAUUUAGCAAAGAGCAGAAUCUAUCUGGUUGAUUUAUUUUGCCCUGUAAAUUUUUUUUUUUUUUUCAUGAAAUAAACACGUACAAUUUCAAAGAAUACAUCUGUGUUAAAUGUGCAGAACUAAAAAUCAAAGUAAGCAGUCAAAUACACAACAGAACAAACAGAACCAAAUCUACUUAAAGCUACAGAUAAUCACAACUUACUCGCUGUCGUCCAUUGUUCCUGAAAUUGAAAUAUUUCUAUUUUUAUUUGAACUUGGUAAUUUAAUGUUGACUAAAUAUGUAACAUCAUUGACACCGUCCAAUGUAUAAUCCUCCAUAAUGAUAAUACAGUUGAAUCAGCACCUCUCUGACACAUUUUCAACAAAAGCUGAACAUUAUAAACGUCAUGAAGGAGGGUUUAUUGCAGAGCUUUUGUAUUAGUUUUAGCAGUGUGUACCUAAUAAACUGCCAACAGACUCUAUACUACAUGCACACCCUUUUUUUUUUUUUUUUUUUUUUUGCAUCCAGCAACAACAAAUACAUGUCUUCCACAUUCCCUCUUCUCUGCUGCUGCUGUGUUUAUGUUUAUACCUUCCCAGCCUGUAAUGGCCUGAAGAGGUGGGACUUCUCUGAUGGCCACGCCUCUGACACAGGGUUGUUUCAGAGCGAAUCAUAGGGGAAAAACCUGAGGAUGUACUCUCUGUAGGUUCAAGCGUUCAAUGAUUGUGCUCUUUAAGCCACACCCUGAGCAGUGAUGUUACAGGAGGUGUUUCUACCUGUUUCUACCACUGAUUGGGAUGCAGCUAAAAAUAAAACACGCACGUGUGGUUGAAAGCUUCAGCUCAUAGAGAGCAGUCCAGCAGCAGCCUUUCCUCUCUGAUUUGAUGUGGAUUUAUCCUUUUUAAUGACGAUCGGUAGCAACCUCAUUGAUUCACUGUCUGCUUUGUGCUUUAAUGGGAUAGCUUGCCUUUUAAUAAGUUAGAGUAAGUCUUUUCUCUGUAGGUGCUGGCUGAAGUGUUGGGAGGUUGAAAUCCCUCUAAGUAGCUCCAAUUGAAGCUUAUUUUGUUUUGUCAAAUGAACGGGCGCCACCAUCCAUGAAACAGCAUUCUGACAAGAGUUUCUAAUCACAAGGUCAGCUUAUCUGGUGGAGAUGAUGGAGAUGACAUGAUAUCCCAGCAACUCUGUCCAUCGAGGAAGGUCAUUAAGGUGGCUGAAAGCUUCGGAAACACCAAGCAAGUUGACCUCGUGAUGAGACCUCUGUGUCAAAAUUUCAAGCUCAUGAGUGAACCUGUCGUCGUGACGUCUUCAAACGUUUGGUUUGCUUUUUAGUGAGGAUUUCUAAAUUCUCACUGGCAAGAAAUUAUUAGUAACAUUUCUUCCACUUGCCAAAUUUCCUAAACCAGUCUCCCUGACACAUAAACUCCCCCCAUACUUUUAGUCCGGCUCCUGGUGAGAGAAAACCAGUUCAUUUUAAAAUUCAGAACAUCAGGGUUUAGUAACUUUCAGGCUCAGGUAUGCUUACAGUAUUUGCUGCCACUAACAUUAUCAGUGUUGCGCUGCUCCAACUCACUCCUGUUGUCGUCGUCGUCGUCGUCAUCAUCAUUAUUAUGUGUUCUGUUGGUGAUGUCUGCCUGCCUGAGCCACUCUGCUCCUCAUGCCUGCCCUCACCCUCAUACAGUCGCAUGUUUUUAAUGUGUCGUUGUUGUCUCCCAAACAUGAUCAGGUGACUUUUACUGCAACUUUGUAAGUGUGUGUUCCGCUAUCUUCGGCUGUAUGCUUUAUGUUGAAUGCCAUACCAUCAUGAUUUUUCAUGGACUUUCAGCAUGAGUAUGAUUUAUUUGUUUGUUUAAUGUCUCCCAAACAGCAGCUGGGUAAAAUCAGAGCUACUCAUUAGGCAGAUAGCAGGACUAUCAGGUGAAAACAGGACCUCUCUUCCCCUGUCCUCGUUUCUUUUUCUUUUACUUUCCCCACCUUUCCUCUUCUCUCCCUUGGUUGUAAUUCCGCCAGUCGACCAGCAGGUGGCAGCCUUUCUUCAGCAAACCACCGCUCAGCUCGAGCUGGACUGGGCCUCUUGUAUCAACAUCAAGCAAAUAAGAGGAGCUCUGGUGCCGUUGCGGUCAGACUCUGCCUUAAAACUUCAUGUUCUAUUACUGUGGAGGGGAGUCUUCCACAGAUACAUAUCUGGAUGUGUCUGCUCUUCAGCCUCAAUAUGUCUCCCAUCAGCCACCUGGGCUCACCCCUCGCAUCUGUGGAGGACUCAACUGCAUCUCCAUGAAAAGUUUUUUUUUCCCCCAUUUAAUCAGUCGUAUUUGUGAUGUGACGACACACACGCAUGUAUCAACGUGUACACACAGAUAUGGAAAGCCAAAAACGUCACAAUUGUUUCGUGUUUUGCUUCCCGUACACAUUUACAUGUACAUGUGUGUACACGUGUUACAUGCGUGACGUUAGUUUUUACCAUUGAAUGAUUUGUACAUAUUAACAUCUCUUAUGUCAUGCUGAAUGUGUUUCCAUGGUGACUGUUUUUAGGUUUGUCUGAUUGACACUCUUCAUGAUAGACAACAAGGUUUGAAUUGAACCGAUGCACUUUGCCCUUAAGUACUACAGCAUUUGAAUCUGAUUAAAUGAACAAGUGAAUAAAUGAAUGAACGAAUGACUGAAGGUCUGUGUUGUCUGCUGAGAGAGGUGUGAUCUUUUUAUGAAUGACCACUGUGUAGCAGCGAGAAACAAAAACGGCUCUAGUAACUUUCUCUUCUCAAAUGGUUUUUAUACCCUUUUUUUUUUGUAACACUUGCUGAGCAAUGACCACAACUUCUUUUGCAUGAUUUUUCUAGAUUCUUUGAAUUCAUUUCGUCCCUCUGGCGAUUAUUUUUUUAACCACUUGCUGUAUCUGGUCAACAGGCUAGCAAAAUGACACGUCUCACACUUCCUCUUGAUGCUAUUUAAGACAAUAAAUGCCACUAACAACUCUCAAUCAAGGUAAUCUGAACAGCAAGUGGCCACGCCUUCACUGUAAUCUGUGUUUCUUCGAUGAAGCUGUGAAAUGUACAGAAUGAUGCUGUAGAUGUUGUUACUUGAACCUUUCCCUCCACACUACUCCACAUUUCCUCCACUGUCUGGGACAAAUUUGUAAUGGACAUUAAAGGGGUGUUUCAGCGAUUUUUAGUAUUUCACCAAACAAAAAAACGGUCAAAAUAGAAGCAGCAGAGGCCGAGAUGUCCUCUCUUUACACCCUAACAUGGCUCAAACUCCUAAACUGUUGCAUCCUUCAUUUCACGUAAUGCUGCAUAACUGUCUUUAAUUACAUCCUCCUUGCUUGGUAAAUGCCCACGUCUUUUAAAGCUCCUUCAGAGCCACAGAAGAUAUUAUACAAUGGUUUUCACUGGCUGAGUAGCACAUAAACCUGAUGAGUACACUGUAUUUUCAUGUGUAAAAUUUGGUGGAGCACCCCUUUAAGAGUCCUCGUCCGCUGAUUUGGAUUUAAGAUGUUUGCGAUGCAAAAUGGCGCCUGAUGAUGAUGCCUUGUAAACAAGUACAAAGAUCCAUCAAUGCUUGUUGUUUCAUGUAUGUAUCUGAUGUCAUGUAGGGCUCCAACUAACAAUUAUUUUCAUUAUUAAUUAAUCGAUAUAUCAUUGUCAUUGUCUAUACAUCAGAAAAAUUGUGAAAAAUACCCGCUAUAAUUUUCCAGCGCCCGGGGUGACGAUGUUCAGUUUUCUUUCGCAUAUAACAAAUACAAAAAUAUAAACAUCACAUCCUCACGUGUAAGAAGCUGGAACCAGCAAACGUUUGGCACCCUUGCCUAUAAAACAACAAAUGAAGUAUUCAGUUAUCAAAACGGGUGCUGAUUCAUUUCUUAAUUUCCUGACAAUCGACUAACUGAUUAAUCGAUUGAUCGUUGCAGCUCUCAUGUCUGGUUUUCCAAACAGGGACAAGCUGAUUCCCUGAAACCGAGCUGUUUGUUGGAAACUAAGAUAUAAAAUGUGUGCAGUCAAGUGUUACAUAAAAGAUUUUCUAUUUGUUCCAGUAGUAAUGCGGUCAUACUGUUAAAUCUCAUUAAAGCAAUUAGGGCUGCAACUAUUUAUUUUUCAUUAUUGAUUUAUUUUUGAUCGAUUAGUCGAUGAAAUAGCGAAUAAUGCCUAUCGAAACUUUUACGAGCCCAAGGGGAUGUCUUCCAGUUGCUAGUUUUGUUCUAUAAACAGUCAAAAACCCAAAGAUGUUCAAUUAACAGUGAUAUGAAGAGAGAGGAAAAACAGCGAAUCAUUGCGUUUGAGAAGCUGGAACAAGUGAAUGUUUGGCAGCGAUUAACUUAUUGUCAGAAAGUAGAUAAACAGAGAAAUUUUUUCAGUACUAAAACCAUAACCCUGCUUAUUAUUGUAAUUGUAAAUCAUCCUCUGAUGGUGACGUGAGGAUAAACAGGAGGAUUUGCGUCUUUUUCACGUUACGUGAGUGUUUAUGUUGCUUUUUAAAGGGCAUUUUUUAAACUCAUAGUGUAUCACGUGAAUUCUUAAAGAGACAGUAUGCUCUAAAUUUGACAUUUUCCUCUAAAGAUUUCUUUAAGUUGGCCUGUUUGGAGUGUACUGCCCCUUUAAUCAAAGCUGCAUGAAGUCAUUGGGGAUACAGCAGCUUUGAAAUGAACAAAAUAUACCAAAAGUCCUGUUAAUUAUUUUUACGGUUAAUAUACCUUUAGAAACUGUGAGCUGCGUAGUAUAAUAGCCACUGUGCUGUAAUCUUGAAUAUUAUGCAAAAAUACAUAAAAACAAAUCAGCUUUGAGAUGCUAAAUAUGAUCAAAUUUGCAGUUAAUUCAUGUACAAACAGUUCAUUACUGAAACCCGCCACGCGACUGUGAGCGCGCUGCUGUUCAUCAUCCAGCAAAAAAACCAGACGUGUUCUUCUUUACAUUCCUCCUCUUUUUAAACUCUGAUCGUCACGUGUGUCCUGUGGAAACUUUGUAACCCUGACAACCAUGAAGAUAUACUUUACAUACCUUCUUGUUUUUCAUCAGCAUCAACACAAAUAUUCACAGUUAAUAAAAUCAGCAGCAGGUACAAGGUGCUUUAGCAGGAUAUUAACAUGUCAAAUCCAUGUAAAUCUGUGUGUUUUUACCAUGUUGUAUAUGUUUUAAUAACCAAUGGCAGUACUUUUCAAUAUUGUUGUGCACAUCUUUUUACUUUGAAUGUUGUCAGACACUUUGUGAACAAAAUGUUUUUUUUUUCUUCUUCUUCUUCCAAGAUAUUGUUCUAAUAAAAUAAGCAGCAAUGAAAAGUU